CAUUUGUCAAAAGUGACAGUUGGUAAACACUCCAUUGCAGGGAAAUUAAUAGAGAUAGAGAGUGGUUUUUGUGUUAAUUUUGUGAUAACAAAGAGUUUAAAUAAUCAUGACGAACUACUUCACAAUGGAUGGGACGGAUUCAACGAAUUUCCAGAAAGAGAUAUCGGGUAUGAUGCACGGAUUUGGCGACAAUCCGAACCCGAAUGCAGCCACCGUUGUGUUGGUCGAAAGCAUUGUUCAACAACAACUGAAGUUUAUGAUUCAAGAGGCCCAUCAACACUGCAACCUGCGCUGCGGUAAGGCUAUAACUAACUACGAUAUUAUUUACCUCAUGAGGAAGAAUAUCAAGAAGCUAAAACGCCUGCAUGACUAUCAGUUAAAAUUAGAUCAAAUUGACAAGAAAUGUAUCUUGAACAUCACUACGCAAGCUGAAUCCCUGAUCACAGGCCUGCUGGAAGACGAAAAAGACCCGACUGUAAAGAAACGCAGAACACACAUAGACUACAUCAGGGAAUUUGAUGAAGCUGAUGAAGUAAGCCAGAUUAAAUUUGAUUCCAUAGACUAUAUUCGAAAAGUUCGUGCUGCUAAAAUCACUGAGUCUAUGACUUUUGAGAAGUAUGAGGCUUACCACAAAGCUAGGUGCUUAUCAUUCCGUUCUGGUUAUGGAAUCGGAAGAGGGUUUGUUAAACUUGAGCGCUGGCUGAAUCCUGUAAAGGAAUUCAAGCUAACGCAGUCAGCUUUAGAGGUUUUAGGCUUUGUGGCUUAUGAAACAGUUGCAGAAAUUGUGGAUGGAGUCUUCUUAAUCCGCCAAGAUGCAAAGAAGAAAAGCGGAGAUCCUUUUAGCAAAUUCGAAGGUGGUUACUUCUGUAAUCCUGUCAGCUUAAGUAAUGCUGUGUAUAUUAAAUCUGGGUAUGAAGGAGUGCCAGCAAUAACCGUAGCAGAAGUCAGGGAGGUGCUACGAAGAUAUUACUCUCCGAGAAUGGGAAUGAAUGGAUUGUUCUAUAGGAAUAUGAGCUUGGAUUUGCCAAUUCGGUAUAUAGCAUUGUGAGAGGGCGUAAGGUUGUAAAGCAACUAAAUCAAGAACUCUGAUGUAUCUAUUUUUGUGCCAAAUUACAUAAAAAUGAUCCACUGAUCAGCAUUUUUGGUGUUUAUGUGUACUGAGUCACAAAUUCAUGCUUUGUCAUGCUUGAUGUAUUAAACUUAAGAUAGUUAAAUGAUAAGAUUCUCAAGGCUCAAAGGCCUAUAAGCUAUGAAAUAAGGAUUAUAUUACUGAGUAGGUAAAAAAAGUGUUAUUAAUUUGUUGCCGACAUAAAAUAUCACAUUAGAAACUAUGGCUAUGAAUUUUUUUAUUUGUAUUAAAAAGAAUAACAAGAACAAUUUUAAACAAAAAUCCAUUUAUUACUGUUUUAUUUGUAUAUAGUAUUGUCCACUUGUACUUAUAUUCUUUUAAAUCGAAUGCAGUGUCAUUUGUAUUGACUUGACAAACAUUUACUUCACAUUUUUAAACAUUAACAAAAUAUAAAGGGCAAUGAAUUUUUUCUACAUGUGAAGUAUACUCUAUAUUUGAAUUUUGUAGCACGUUAUGACGUAACGACCUCCCACUCCUAAACUUAGCGACAUUUUAUUUAAGUACUGUAACUUAA